ACGCGGGGGACGCUUUCGCCCCCGAGGUAGUUGGGCGAUCGUGAAGAAGGCAAUAGUUGGGGGUCUGUGGGGGGGGGGAGCGGGCACAGACUCCCAACGCUCACCCCACGGGGUCGUCCAGGCAGCUCGGUCGUGGAUUUCGCCGCGAGCCCCCGGGGCAGCUCUUUCCAAAGCUGCUUGAAACUUCUUCCAAACUCGCCAUGGAUUCGGCGGCGCCGGCGCUGCCUGCUUUUGUGGCGCUCGUGCUCCUCUCCCCGUGGCCUCUCCUGGGGUCGGCCCAAGGCCAGUUCUCCGCAGGUGGCUGCACGUUUGAUGAUGGUCCAGCAGCCUGUGACUACCACCAGGAUCUGUAUGAUGACUUUGAAUGGGUACACGUUAGUGCUCAAGAACCGCAUUACCUGCCACCUGAAAUGCCCCAAGGUUCCUAUAUGAUAGUGGAUUCUUCAAAUCAUGACCCUGGAGAAAAAGCCAGACUUCAGCUACCCACAAUGAAGGAGAAUGACACUCACUGCAUUGAUUUCAGUUACCUGUUAUAUAGCCCCAAAGGGUUGAAUCCUGGCACUUUGAACAUACUAGUGAGGGUGAAUAAAGGACCUCUUGCUAAUCCAAUUUGGAAUGUGACCGGAUUCACAGGAAGAGGCUGGCUUCGGGCUGAGCUAGCAGUGAGCACCUUUUGGCCUAAUGAGUAUCAGGUAAUAUUUGAGGCUGAAGUCUCAGGAGGAAGAAGUGGUUAUAUUGCCAUCGAUGACAUCCAAGUACUGAGUUAUCCUUGUGAUAAAUCUCCUCAUUUUCUCCGCCUUGGGGAUGUAGAAGUCAAUGCAGGACAGAAUGCUACAUUUCAGUGCAUUGCUACAGGAAGAGAUGCUGUUCACAACAAAUUAUGGCUCCAGAGACGAAAUGGAGAAGAUAUACCUGUAGCCCACACUAAGAACAUCAAUCACAGAAGAUUUGCUGCUUCCUUUAGAUUGCAAGAAGUGACAAAAACCGACCAGGAUUUGUAUCGCUGUGUCACUCAGUCAGAACGUGGUUCUGGGGUUUCCAAUUUUGCUCAACUUAUUGUGAGAGAGCCACCAAGACCCAUUGCUCCUCCUCAGCUGCUUGGUGUUGGGCCUACAUAUCUGCUAAUCCAGCUUAAUGCCAACUCCAUCAUUGGUGAUGGUCCUAUUAUCCUGAAAGAAGUAGAAUAUCGCAUGACAUCAGGAUCCUGGACAGAAACCCAUGCAGUCAAUGCUCCCACUUACAAGCUCUGGCAUUUAGACCCAGAUACUGAGUAUGAGAUCCGUGUCCUACUUACCAGACCUGGUGAGGGAGGAACUGGGCUUCCAGGACCACCGCUCAUCACCAGAACAAAAUGUGCAGAACCUAUGAGAACCCCAAAGACGUUAAAGAUUGCUGAGAUACAGGCAAGACAGAUUGCUGUGGACUGGGAGUCUUUGGGUUAUAACAUCACUCGAUGCCACACUUUCAAUGUCACUAUCUGCUACCAUUACUUUCGUGGUCACAAUGAGAGCAAGGCAGACUGUUUGGACAUGGACCCCAAAGCCCCUCAACAUGUUGUCAGUCAUCUCCCACCAUAUACAAAUGUCAGCCUCAAGAUGAUCCUCACCAAUCCAGAAGGAAGGAAGGAGAGCGAAGAGACCAUCAUCCAAACUGAUGAAGACUUGCCUGGCCCUGUUCCAGUCAAAUCUCUCCAAGGAACAUCUUUUGAAAACAAGAUUUUCUUGAACUGGAAAGAGCCUUUGGAACCAAAUGGAAUCAUCACACAAUAUGAGGUCAGUUAUGGCAGCAUAAGAUCAUUUGAUCCUGCAGUUCCAGUGGCUGGUCCUCUCCAGACUGUUUCAAACUUGUGGAAUAGCACACAUCAUGUCUUUAUGCAUCUCCACCCUGGAACCACCUACCAAUUUCUUAUACGCGCCAGCACCAUCAAGGGCUUUGGGCCAGCCACAGCCAUCAAUGUGACAACUAAUAUCUCAGCUCCAACUUUGCCUGACUAUGAAGGAGUUGAUGCCUCUCUCAAUGAAACUGCCACCACAAUCACUGUUCUGUUGAGACCAGCCCAAGCCAAAGGUGCACCUAUCAGUGCUUAUCAGAUUGUCGUGGAGGAGUUGCACCCACAUCGAACCAAGAGAGAAGCCGGGGCCAUGGAAUGCUAUCAAGUUCCUAUCACAUACCAAAAUGCCAUGAGUGGGGGUGCACCUUAUUACUUUGCUGCGGAACUACCCCCUGGGAAUCUACCCGAGCCUGCACCAUUUACCGUGGGUGACAACCGAACCUAUCAAGGCUUUUGGAACCCCCCUCUAGCCCCACGCAAAGGAUACAACAUCUACUUCCAGGCAAUGAGCAGUGUGGAGAAGGAAACUAAAACCCAGUGUGUACGAAUUGCUACAAAAGCAGCAGCAACAGAAGAACCAGAAGUGAUCCCAGAUCCUGCUAAGCAGACAGACAGAGUGGUGAAAAUAGCAGGCAUUAGCGCCGGCAUUUUGGUGUUCAUCCUCCUCCUGUUAGUUGUCAUAUUAAUUGUUAAAAAGAGCAAGCUUGCUAAGAAGCGCAAAGAUGCCAUGGGAAAUACACGGCAGGAGAUGACCCACAUGGUGAAUGCAAUGGAUCGAAGCUACGCCGAUCAGAGCACUCUGCACGCUGAAGAUCCUCUUUCUAUAACCUUCAUGGAUCAGCACAAUUUUAGUCCAAGAUUGCCCAAUGAUCCUCUUGUGCCGACUGCUGUGUUAGAUGAGAAUCACAGCGCUACAGCGGAGUCCAGUCGCCUUCUGGAUGUACCUCGCUACCUCUGCGAGGGAACAGAGUCUCCUUACCAGACAGGCCAGCUGCACCCAGCCAUCAGGGUAGCUGACUUGCUGCAGCAUAUUAACCUCAUGAAGACAUCGGACAGCUAUGGGUUCAAAGAGGAGUAUGAGAGCUUCUUUGAAGGCCAAUCAGCAUCUUGGGAUGUAGCAAAAAAAGAUCAAAAUAGAGCAAAAAACCGUUAUGGGAACAUUAUAGCAUAUGAUCACUCUAGAGUAAUUUUACAACCGGUGGAGGAUGAUCCUUCUUCAGAUUACAUCAAUGCUAACUACAUAGAUGGCUACCAGAGACCAAGCCAUUACAUUGCAACUCAAGGCCCAGUUCACGAAACGGUGUAUGACUUUUGGAGGAUGGUCUGGCAGGAACAAUCUGCCUGUAUUGUCAUGGUUACAAAUUUAGUUGAAGUUGGCCGGGUUAAAUGCUAUAAAUAUUGGCCUGAUGACACUGAAGUUUAUGGUGACUUCAAAGUAACCUGUGUAGAAAUGGAACCACUUGCUGAGUAUGUGGUUAGGACAUUCACCCUGGAAAGGAGGGCAUACAAUGAAAUUCGUGAAGUGAAGCAGUUUCAUUUCACUGGCUGGCCUGACCACGGAGUGCCAUACCACGCUACAGGGCUUCUGUCCUUUAUUCGGAGAGUGAAGUUAUCCAACCCUCCCAGUGCCGGACCCAUCGUGGUACACUGCAGUGCUGGUGCUGGACGAACUGGCUGCUACAUUGUGAUCGACAUCAUGCUGGACAUGGCUGAAAGGGAGGGUGUGGUGGACAUCUACAACUGUGUCAAAGCUUUAAGAUCUCGUCGCAUCAAUAUGGUCCAGACAGAGGAACAGUACAUUUUUAUUCAUGAUGCCAUUUUAGAAGCCUGUUUAUGUGGAGAAACUGCCAUACCUGUCUGUGAAUUUAAAGCUGCCUAUUUCGAUAUGAUUAGAAUAGAUUCCCAGACUAAUUCUUCACAUCUCAAAGAUGAAUUUCAGACUCUGAAUUCAGUCACCCCCCGACUACAAGCUGAGGACUGCAGUAUAGCAUGCCUGCCAAGGAACCAUGACAAGAACCGUUUCAUGGACAUGCUGCCACCUGACAGAUGUCUUCCUUUUUUAAUUACAAUUGAUGGGGAGAGCAGUAACUACAUCAAUGCUGCUCUUAUGGAUAGCUACAGGCAGCCAGCUGCUUUCAUUGUCACACAGUAUCCACUGCCAAACACUGUGAAAGAUUUCUGGAGAUUAGUGUAUGAUUAUGGCUGUACUUCCAUAGUGAUGUUAAAUGAAGUCGAUUUAUCCCAGGGCUGCCCCCAAUACUGGCCAGAGGAAGGGAUGCUUCGGUAUGGCCCUAUUCAAGUGGAAUGUAUGUCUUGCUCAAUGGAUUGUGAUGUGAUCAAUCGGAUAUUUAGGAUAUGCAAUCUAACCAGGCCACAGGAAGGUUAUCUGAUGGUACAGCAGUUUCAGUAUCUAGGAUGGGCUUCUCAUCGGGAAGUACCUGGAUCCAAGCGAUCGUUUUUGAAACUGAUACUGCAGGUAGAAAAAUGGCAGGAGGAAUGCGAGGAAGGAGAAGGCCGGACCAUCAUCCAUUGCUUAAAUGGUGGCGGGCGAAGUGGCAUGUUCUGUGCUAUAGGCAUUGUUGUUGAAAUGGUGAAGCGGCAAAAUGUUGUAGAUGUCUUCCAUGCAGUGAAGACACUAAGGAACAGCAAGCCAAACAUGGUGGAAGCCCCAGAGCAGUACCGUUUCUGCUAUGAUGUAGCUUUGGAAUACUUAGAAUCCUCUUAGUUGGGUGAGAAUUUCCACAGUGCAUCCACACAGAAACCUGUUCGUCUGUUGAGCCAGCAGCAGUUGUAACCCAUUACACCUGUGCAGAGAGAUUUUAAUGUGGGGGGAGGGAGGAUUUUACAUUUGAGAGGUAAAAGUAUUUUUCUUAUAAAGAUGUAUCUUAAUAAAAAAGAGAACUUGAUUACUUUCUAUCGCUGUAUUAAAGUAUCCACAUUUCAUGCCACAUGAAAUAUGUUUAAUAAGAACCAGAUUCAAAUGACAACUUAUCAGUGUUUGUAAAGUGAAUACACAACAUUUUUCUCUCCUGCCUUAGGUAGAGCAGCUAAUACAUGUUGCAUGAAUUAAUACUUUCUAUGUGGCAUUUUCCUCCCUUUUUAAAAUGAAAAGCUGUUGAAUCAUUAAAAGAAGAAGAGCAAAGAAGAGAUGUGCAAAUUCAUAGUCCAUUUCAUUUUUAUAUGUUCCAAGUGUAGCAGAUCUCUAUAUAAAUAUAUAAAUAUAUAUAACUGGCUUAUUUUCUUUUAAUGUGCAAUGAUGGCUGGUUCAUUUAAAAUUCUUUUUAGAAAAUAACAUAAGCCAAAGACUCAAGUGUAAAUAUGUCUAUAAGGGGAAAGCACAUUAUAUUUAUUGGUUACUUACAUUCCUUUUUUGAUGGCAAAAAUACUACCACCGCGCAAUCAUUUUUGUUUCCAGAGAAUUUUUUUCUUCCUUUAGCAAAAAUCAAUUGUAAACAAUUUUUGUAGAUUACUUUUUGUAUGUUUUAGUGUAAGUAGAAGAUAAACUUUUUAUUCAUAAACCAGGAAAGCAAUGUUCUUUAUAGUGAUUCCUUGUGUACAUGCUUGUGAAUUAAACUUAUGUAAAACAUCUUGGCAAUUGUCUUUUAAUAGAGGACCAAAUUAAAAACUUUCUUUUUGCCAAAAAUGUAGUUUUUCACAAUUUCAUUAAUAAACAAUAAUGGUUUGGUGACCGGAUUAGAGAAACACACCACCAAAUUUUGGAAAGCAUAGCAGGUGAGCUGCAUAGUGUUGAACACAGUACUGGAGCAUUAUUUAGGCUUUAAAGGAAUCCAACUUUCUUCAGAAUAUAAGCAACGGUCAGCAACACUAACAGCAACACAGAUGCUUUCUGGGUCAAGUGUCAGCAAACUGUCCACUGUCAAGGUGAUAAAAAGUUUCUUUUGAUGUUUACAUGCACAGGCUGUAGGCUCUGACCAUAGAAAGUGUGAACAAAUCAAUGCCAGCCUGAUGUGUGCAUUGUCAUGAGAUUCUCGCGUGAACUUCUCUAAAUAUGUUCUUGUUCCCCUGCUCCAUGAAGCUGUAACUUCCCAUCAUCAGCUUGCAGUUGACAGUGACGAAAGCUUUCUAGUGUCCCCUUUCUACAUUGCCAGUUCACAACAUGGUGCUUCUAAAGAUUUAAUGGAAGUAAGUGUGAAAUAAAGUUUUUAUAAUCACA